AUGAGCCUAUAUGCCUUAUUGAGGAAUUGUUAUAAUCGACAUCCCACUCAGCAGGAGAUUAGUGAAGCAUUUGAUGGAAACUUGUGUAGAUGUACAGGUUACAAACCCAUAUUGGACGCUGCAAACUCGUUUGUUGAGGGAGGAGGUAUAGUGUCUAAAGAAAACGGAAAUGCUGAAACAAAUGGGACUUCUACAGGAUCUGGGGGCUGCUGUAGAAUGUCAAAUGACCAGGCAUGUGCCUGUAUGAGGAAUCAAAAAUCCCCUAAUGGGUUUCCAUUAAAAGAGCACAACUUCCAUGAGCAAGCAAGAGGCCAGUCGGGAUCCCCUGUAGAGCUUAUAUUCCCUCCCGGGCUAAAAAAGUUCGAACCAGUACCGCUUUUUUAUGGGAAUGAACGUAAAGUAUGGUUUAGGCCUUUGACAAAACGACAGCUGCUUGAAAUUAAAGAUCGAUACCCGAAAGCUAAAUUGGUGGGAGGUGCCACAGAAAUACAGAUUGAAAUUAAGAUGAAGCAAAUGGAUUACAACGUCUCAGUGUUUGCCAACGAUAUUGAUGAAUUGAAACAAUUUCAUUAUGAUGAAGAACGGAAAGGUGUUGAAUUUGGUGCUAAUAUUGACCUAUCAACUCUGGAACAUCGUCUUAAUGAAAUGACAAGUCUAAUCGGAACGGAAAAAUCUCAGAUUUACCAAGAAAUUGUCAAGCAACUGAAAUAUUUUGCAGGUAGACAGAUAAGAAACGUUGCAACACCUGCGGGAAAUAUUGCAACAGCUAGUCCUAUUUCAGACCUGAAUCCAGUUUUAGUGGCAGCAGAUGCAGUUCUGACAGUUGAAUCUCUCAGUGACGGCAUACAGGAAAUUCCCAUAAGCAAAUUUUUUAUUGGUUACAGGAAAACUUUAUUACCAGAUGGUGGAAUAAUAUCCAAAAUAUUUGUCCCCGAGAGUUUGCCCCAAAGAGAAGUUGUUCGUGCUUUCAAACAAGCAAAACGGAAGGAUGAUGAUAUUGCCAUUGUAACAGCCUGUUUGAGACUGGUUGUUGAUAAAGAUUUCAAAAUCACUAAAGCAAGAUUGGCCUAUGGUGGUGUUGCGCCUAUGACAGUUCGUGCGUUGAAGACUGAAGAGCGUCUUCUAGGCAUGGAAGUAUCUGAUAGUACAUCUGAUGCUAUCAUCAGCUUAAGUGUCAAUUCAUUAAACAAUGAUGAUUUUAAAAACAUCACCUUUGGAGUUCCUGGUGGUAUGGCUAUUUUUCGAAGAACUUUGGUAACAUCGUUCUUUUACAAGUUCUAUCAAACAGUACUGCAAUCGUUUGGGUUCAUACGAACACUUGAUGGGGAUGCUGUUGAGGAGGUCACACGAAAUUUCCCCAUCGGUAAGCGAGAUCUUGAUAAUGCUUUUGAGAAGAAAGUUUUGGGCAAGAGCAACCCGCAUAUGUCAGCUUUGAAACAAGUGACUGGAGAAGCUACUUAUGUCGAUGAUAUUCCCCCGUUCCAUAAGGAGUUGUUCGGAGUUCAAGUCAUGUCCACUCGUGCCCAUGCGCGCAUAGUGUCAGUGGAUUACUCACCGAUUUUUGAAAUUGAUGGUGUUGUUGGCUAUGCGAAUGUAGAUGACAUCGUUUCGAAACAAGCCAACAUGUGGGGCCAUUUUGAGGAUGGAAAAGAAGAGUUCUUUGCUGACGGAAAUGUACGAUAUAUUGGCCAGUGUAUUGGCUUAGUAGUGGCUAAAGAUAGAGAAACAGCAGCUCGUGGUGCGCGGGCUGUGGUUGUUGAAUAUGAAGACAUAGACCCAAAAGUUAUCACGAUUGAAGAUGCCAUUAAGUAUAACAGUUUUUUCAAUCUAGAGAGGAAAAUUGUAAAAGGAGACGUUGAAAGUGCAUUUCAAACUGCAGCCCAUAUAGUUGAGGGGACAACUAGGAUUGGUGCUCAAGAACAUUUCUAUCUCGAAACUCACGGGUGUAUUGCAGUGCCAGAGGAGGAUAAUGAAAUGAAGAUAUAUACGUCUGGCCAGGCCCCCAAUGCUACCCAAGUCAGCGCAGCGCAGGUGUUAGGUAUACCAGCUAACCGAAUUGUUGCUCGAGUGAAAAGAUUAGGAGGAGGAUUUGGUGGUAAAGAAAGUAGGUGUUGUCAAAUCUCAUCCAUUGCAGCGGUGGCAGCCCGAAAAUUCAAAAAGCCAGUUAGGAUCAUUUUGACCAGAAGUGAAGAUAUGCUCACGAUGGGACAGCGCCAUCCAUUUUUGAUUCGAUGGAAAGUUGGUCUGGAUAAAAAUUUCCGGUUUAUUGGUCUUAAAUCUAAGUUGUACGCUAAUGCUGGAUGGAGUCUUGACCUCACCGCCGGUGUCGUGGAACGAGCUUUGUUUCACAUGGAUAAUUGCUAUGAUUUUCAAAAUUGCCAUUUUGAAGGAUUUGCAUGCAAGACCAAUACGGCCUCUAACACCGCGUUCCGUGGUUUUGGUGGGCCUCAAGGAAUGUUUGGAGCAGAAUCAUUGAUUUAUGAAGUGGCAGAAACACUUGGUAUAGAACCUGAUACUCUUCGUGAACUCAAUUACUUCAGACCCGGAUCCUCCACGGCGUAUCAGCAGCCUAUGAAUGAAGACUUCACGGUGCCACUAUUGGCGAAGCAAGUCAAGGAACAAGCGAAUUUUCAACAACUCCGAGCUGAAGUUGACGCAUUUAACAAAGAGCACAAGUGGAUCAAGAGGGGAUUAGCUCAUGUUCCUACUGCUUUUGGAGUUUCGUUUGGUGCAUUGUUCUUAAACCAGGCAGGAGCACUUAUUCAUAUCUAUGAAGAUGGGUCUGUAUUACUAGCCCAUGGCGGUACAGAGAUGGGCCAAGGUCUGUUCACCAAAAUGGCCAUGGUUGCAGCCGAAGAAUUAGAUGUUCCGUUAGAAAGUGUUUUCACAUCUGAGUCAGCAACUAACACAGUUGCAAAUGCAUCUCCUACAGCUGCCUCGGCAUCCAGUGACUUGAACGGAAUGGCUGUUAAGGAUGCUUGUGAUCAACUUAACAAGAGACUUAAGCCAUAUCGAGAGAAAUUUGGCCCUGAGGCAACCAUGAAGGAACUGGCCCACGCCGCUUACUUCGAUCGUGUGAACCUCUCAGCUAAUGGAUUUUAUAAAACACCCGAUAUAGGAUAUGUCUGGGGAGAUCCCAAUCCUAAACCAGCCUUUUUUUAUCAUACACAGGGCGCAGCUGUUUCAAUGGUUGAAGUCAACACUUUGACAGGGGAUUGGUCAUGCCUCCGUACAGAUAUCAAAAUGGAUGUUGGGCGACCAUUGAAUCAAGCAAUCGAUUAUGGCCAGAUAGAAGGUGCCUAUAUUCAGGGCCAGGGGCUUUUUACAAUGGAGGAGUCUCUGUGGUUACAAAGUGGUGCACUUUUCACCCGUGGUCCAGGGGCCUAUAAAAUUCCGGGAUUUCGAGAUAUCCCUCAAAUUUUCAAUGUAGGGAUAUUGCAAGAUCGUCCAUUCAAACAUUUGAAAACUAUCAACAGAAGUAAAGGUAUUGGUGAACCUCCUUUGUUUCUCGGGUCAACAGUUUUUUUCGCCAUCAGAGAUGCAUUACUAGCGGCCAGGAAACAGAAUGGUAAAACAGAACCUCUUGUUGGAGUUCAGAGUCCAUUAACAAGCGAGAGGAUUCGUAAUCUCUGUGGUGAUAGUUUAGUUGAUCUCUCAAUUCAGGCUGUGCAACCCACAAUGGACCAGAAAGAAUUUUUUGUAGUUGCGUAA